UAGAGAGAGGCAAACUGAGAAUAAUGCAAGCCUGUGGGAAAUCUCCUUAUCAGAAUGUAUGUUGUUUUAGAGGGAUGAGCUGAAAGUCCACGCCUGCUGCCUGUGACAAGUUAGCAAAGAGGCUGAACCAUGCUUCCACCCACCAUCGCUCUCUGCCUCCCUCCCUUUUCUCACUGUCUCUCUCUCAUUCUCUGGAGAAGUACUGCUGUAGAUUUUCUCUGUGUGAAGGAAUCAAUGUGGGGAAGCAAAAUCCUGCAACGUGCAGCAACAGCGACACAGGCAAUGCAACUUUUUGCGCACACUGCCCCGUGGUUUACUGGCUCCUGAGAUGACGGCCGGGGUUCUUUUUGAUUGCAAAGAUCAGAGGGACAACGCUGUGAGGUAGGCAUGGCUUGUAAAAGAAAACCAGUUGUACACACCCGUGCAAGAUGAUUGCAGCCACCAACCUCGUUGUUUUCCACUCCCUGCCUGUUUUGACUUGAAAAGACCAUGACAGAAGUCUUUCUAUCAGCUCUUUUAAAUGUUACUCAAAGCACUUUGCUGGCAAGUGGCUCAUCUACUGGAAAUGUCACAAAAUGCACUCUGACAAAGACAGGCUUUCAAUUCUAUUACCUCCCCGCUGUGUAUAUAGUGGUUUGUAUCACAGGAUUUAUCGGUAAUAGUGUGGCCAUAUGGAUGUUCAUUUUUCACAUGAAACCAUGGAGCAGUAUUUCCGUCUACAUGUUCAAUUUGGCACUGGCAGAUUUUUUAUACAUCCUCUCCCUCCCAGCCCUGAUCUUUUACUAUUUCAAUAAAACAGACUGGAUAUUCGGGGAUGUCAUGUGUAAACUGCAAAGGUUUAUAUUUCAUGUGAACCUGUAUGGAAGCAUCCUAUUUCUGACUUGUAUUAGUGUCCACAGAUACACAGGGGUAGUUCAUCCACUUAAAUCACUUGGAAGGCUCAAGAAGAAAAACUCCAUCUACAUCAGUGCUCUUGUCUGGUUCAUUGUGAUUGCUGGUAUCUCUCCUAUCCUAUUUUUCUCUGGUACAGGAAUCAGGAAAAAUAAAACCAUUACAUGCUUUGACACAUCAUCGGAUGACUACUUAAGAAGCUACUUCAUCUACAGUAUGUGUACCACUGUCUUUGGCUUCUGCAUCCCUUUUUUACUGAUUCUGGGAUGUUAUGGAUUAAUUGUUAAAGCUUUGAUCUACAAAGAUAUGAACAAUGCACCCCUGAGAAAAAAAUCCAUUUAUCUGGUUAUUAUUGUCUUAACUGUCUUUGCAGUUUCAUACCUUCCUUUCCACGUGAUGAAGAAUCUGAACUUAAGAGCCAGACUGGAUUUCCAGUCCCCUGAAAUGUGCUUCUUCAAUGACAGAGUCUAUGCCACCUACCAAGUGACUAGGGGGCUUGCAAGCCUCAAUAGCUGCGUAGAUCCCAUACUCUAUUUCUUGGCAGGAGAUACCUUUCGGCGGAAGCUAUCAAGGGCAACUAGGAAAGCAUCUAGAAGAAGUGAAGCGAAUGUGCAAUCUAAGAGUGAAGAGAUGACUCUCAACAUCUUAUCAGAGUACAAGCAAAAUGGUGAUACCAGCUUGUGAAGACAAAGAACUGGAUUGCUCAAGACACCCAGCUGUUGGCACUAAGGGAUGCAUUAUCUCAAGUUAUGGCUGUGUAGAGAUUUUUACGGGUUAAAGUGAGUUGACAUCCUAAGGCAGGCUAGAACAAUUUAAUCAAGAGGAAGCAGAAAGUUCUAAGGUUUUGUGACAGACAUUUGCAUUCCCACCACCAAGAACAAAAAAAGGGUGUUCUUUUUCUUGUAGUAUCUCCACAAGCUAAACUAUUUCAUUUUUUUUACAAGUUAUUCCAGAAUUUACUGUGAAUACGUUUUGACUACUGCUCAUAUGGUGAAGGAAUGUAUCUCAAUAAAAGUUAUGUGCUGAUAUUUAAAAAAAAAAAAAAAAAGUAUUACUAAAUUAGCGGAUCUUUUUGGGAACCUGCUUUUUUUUAGAGCAAUGGACUUUUUUUUUUUUUUUUAUUAUUCUGGAGAGACUUUUUUAUUUUAGAAUAUUCUUACAUUACAGAAUUGAACAUGUGUGGAGGAAGCAGGAAAUAGCUGCUCAAUAUUAAUUGUCACUCUGUAUUUAGGUGUGUCAAUUAAAAAGAAACAUAGACAACACACUCUGGCCAAAAUUCAGAAUGCUGAGUGACAAGAAAGUUGUUGAAACAUGUUUUAACUGAUAGUAGUCUGCUGUGAUCAAAAGAUUAAUUGCAUACCCAUUUCAGUUAGACUUGUAUAUGCGGCACAACGUAAAUUUGUAUUAUGGCUCUUUAGGAGAACAUUGAUAGUCCAUGACAGUUUUAUUGCACAAGAAAAAAAAUGACUUUUUUUUUUUUUUUUAAAGCAUUUCAAAAUAUUAACAAUAUAAGGAACAAGGCAAAAAAAAAAAAAAGUUAGUAAUACGGAUCCUUGCGUACUAGGGCUCUAUAUAAUAAAGGUUAAUACUACCUAUCUAAGCACUAUUUACUACAAAAAUACCAGUGGAUUGUUUGUGAAAGACUAAUUGUGCUAGUUGAGAGUAGAUGAUUUCGAUAUAUAUAACUUGGUUACUAUGGGAAGGAUGUAUGCUGACAGAAUGGAAGAUAACAUGCCCUUUUCACCUCCAGAGCUUGCCCUGGUACCACUAACUACUGAGAAGCUCAAUGUGUAUGCUCAUUUCUUAAAAAUAAACUGGACACAGAGACUUUUUCAUUUUAUUUUUUAACCUGCUGCUCAGCAGCUAAUAUUACAAUAAUUUUCUUGACAUGUGGCAUGGUGUAGCUGUAUAUCAUGUCCAAAACUGAAUAUAUGAAGGGAUAAAUGUGAUCUCUAUGUUAAACGUACUGUGUAUGUUUGGAGUAUCGUAUGUGUUUUAAUGCUCAUGUGAAAAAUGUUUUAUUUUUGUACCAUUAUCUGUAAUUUAAUAUAGUUCAGUAAAUCUGUUUAUCUGUGAUUAACAGUGCCAUUGACUUGAUUUGCCUAUGGAGACAGUGUUACUUGACAUUUGAAGCCUCUCUCAGGUUUUGUAGGCUGAAUGAAACGUAAUGUGUUUAACUUUCACAAUAAAAAGGGUAUUCGUUUCU